AUGAUUAUAAAUGAGGCCUUGAGACUUUAUCCACCUACAGUAUUUCUAUUGCGACAUGCAUCUGAGCAAACAAAACUUGGAAAGCUAUCAAUUCCUGUAGGCACUCAAUCUAUGCUUCCGAUCCUUGCAAUCCACCAUGAUCCUUCUUUGUGGGGAACUGAUGCCAAAGAUUUCAACCCAGGGCGAUUUAGUGAAGGAAUUGCAAAGGCUACAAAGAAUCCAAUGGCAUUCAUGCCCUUUGGAGCAGGUCCAACUAUAUGUGUGGGUCAGAAUUUGGCCUUGUUAGAAGAAAAAUUGGUGUUGGCCAUGAUUCUGCACAAGUUUUCUUUUGUGACUUCACCAUCUUAUACUAAUGCUCCUUCGCUCUUAAUUACUCUGAAACUUGAAUAUGGAGCCCAAGUUAUCUUUCACAUGGACUAA